AUGAUGAUCGAGGCAAUAAUAGCUAUGGUGCGAUAUUUGUCGCCAAGGAAUGAUGAUGAUGCUGUUGAUCGACUCCAUUAUCUCUAUACUCCAAAUAUUCUGCUUGCUUUUGCCGUGCUUAUUAGUUUUAAACAAUUCGGAGGCCGGCCAAUUGAAUGUAUGUUUCCUAGCAAGUUUCCCGGAUCUUGGGAACAGUAUGCUGAGAAUUACUGUUGGUCUCAAGAUACAUAUUAUGUGCAAGAUGAUGUUCAUGUGGCAAAUAUUCCAGAGGAAGAACGUUAUUCUCCUGAACGGAAAUUAUCGUAUUACAAAUGGGUGCCUUUCUUUUUGUUACUUCAAGCUGCGUUUUUUCGGUUUCCUAGUAUUCUUUGGAAUUAUCUUUCACUUAACUCAGGAAUUCGAAUUCAUGAAAUUAUCGAGAAAGCUGUAGAUCGAGGCAAUUUAGAAGAUGCUAUUAGAAAACAAAAUAUCGACUCGUUGGCCAGACAUAUGCAAAAUGCACUAAAAUUUCAUCGGCAGAAAAUUGAAGUGCACAAGACAUUUAAAUUUUUGAACAUUCGUUAUUCAGCAUUCUUCAUCUCACUUAUGUAUUUGUUCACAAAAACUCUAUACAUGAUGAACGCAGUUGCACAAUUUUAUUUUUUUUUUUGGUUUCUUCAAACCGAUCGGUACGCAUGGUAUGGAUACAAUGUGGUCAAGGAUAUAAUACAAGGAUCACAAUGGUCUUUUUCGGGAUAUUUUCCACGUGUUUCACUUUGUGAUUUUUUGGUUCGACAAGUUGGAAAUAUUCAGCGAUAUUCGGUGCAGUGUGUUCUUGUUAUAAAUUUGUUUACUGAAAAAAUAUUCAUUUUUCUUUGGUUUUGGUACAUGAUUCUGAUUAUUACGACGCUUCUUUCGUUAUCUUAUUGGAUAUGUGUACUUACGUUUCCCUGCUUUAGUCGGUGGUUCAUUUCUCAAAGUCUUGAGCUUUCCGAGCAAAAAUUCGACCCUGAUACGAAGAAAAGGGAGGUUGAUCGUUUUGUGUCGCAGUAUCUCCGACAUGACGGAAUCUUUGUACUUCGUUUGGUUUCCAUCCAUGCAGGCAUUAUUUUUUGUACUGAAUUAGUUCUCGCUUUAUGGGCUGCUUUUUAUGAAAUCGAAGAACAAGUAAACUGGAUUCAUAUUUAUCUCUAA